AUGCCACCCCGCGCGAAGAAGCGCGACUACACGGCCCUCGAUGCGCUCGGCAUCGCGACCGGGGAGUACGUCUACCUCGUCACCAAGCACACCGAGCGCGCGCGCCACCUCCCCAACCUCACCCAGAUCCACGAACAAGGCUCGCAACAAUGGCUGCGCAUCGCGCCCGCCAUGCCCGCGCCCGGCGACCCAGCCUACGCCGCAAAGCGAGACGCCUUCUUCGCCGCCUGCGACCGCUACUGCAAGUGCGCCACGCCCGAGGACCCAGUACAGUCCGUCGUAGCCGUGCAGGCAGCCGGCUUCGCCAUGCAGACGUCCAUGGCCGAGAUCGAGGCCUUGCCAGACGCUGACCAAAGCUACGUCUACAAGAAAGCCAAAGACUACUCUUCCGAGAAAUGCCGGCAGCGGGAGGCAGAGCUCGGGAUCCCCAACCGCCCCAUCCCUCCCCCCACCAUCGCCACGUCCAACGCGUCCUUCCCCAUGAUCCCCUACCCGCCCGGCACCGUCGUCCAGUACCGCACCGCGGCGGGUGACACAGCGUACUGCACGAUCGUCGACUACGGCACGAGCCGCGUGCGCGGCGACUACUUCGUCAUCAGACACCGGGACGGCGGCGCAGAGGAGCACCUCACGAAGAAGCAGAUGUUCGAUCUCCUAGAUCGCUCGAUGGAUAUCUGUGAGCCCGAGAAGUAG